AUGGCUGCCGACCCCAACAACAUCACUGCGACGGAUCUCCCGUUGCCCACGGCAGACCGCCAACGCAGCCAAGGCCAAGACACCGGAGACAGCAACCUCGCCACGCCGGCCCAAGACUACGACCGCGCGCCUGCUACCGAUACGAUAGUUUCCAUACCGCUCCCAAAACUCAAUGGGUCGUCUGCGAAUCCAACUGAGCCUUCCGAUUCCAAAGCUGGCCAAGACGAGCAAGCCACGGCAUGUGGUGAGCCGAUACCAACGAGAAAAGAGGCUUUCUUCACAUAUUUUCAGCUUCUAGUCUACGCGAGCCCGACAUGGAAAGACUAUCUCCUCCUCAUUGGCGGUCUCUUCAUAUCCGCUGCCGCUGGUGUCCCAAUCCCCCUUAUGGGAAUCUUCUUCGGUCAGCUCGUCGACGAUCUCAACCAAGGCACGUGCGAUGCCAAAGACCGCGCCGACCUCCUCAAAGCGUCCCCCGAUGAGCUGCAGCACUCUGUCAACGAAAAAGUUCUCAAGCUCCUCUACAUUGGCAUAGCCAGCUUCGCUCUCAUUUACGCCUACCUCGUAUGUUGGGCCAUCUUCUCUCGUCGUCUCGAAGCCCGCAUUCGUGACACCUACUUCCGCACCCUCCUACGCCAGGAUGCCACUUUCUAUGACAAGCGCCAGGCCGGCGAGCUGUCGUCUCGACUUAACGCAGACAUGCAGACCAUCCAGUCUGGCACAUCGGAAAAGGUCGGCAUCUGCAUUGCCUGCAUGUCGUUUUUUAUUACGGCUUACGUCGUUGGAUUUGUCAAGGAUGCAAAGCUCGCCGGCAUGCUCAUCUCUCUCAUCCCAGCCUUCCUCCUGCUCUCUGUGGUCGGCAGCUACUUCACGCAAAAGUUUACCAUUGCCAUGUCAAAUGCCAUCGCGUCAGCCUCCUCUGUUGCACAAGAGACUCUUUCUCAUAUUGCCAUCGUACAGGCCUUCAACGCCGGCCCUCGGCUUGAGGUCAAGUUUGCCGCUGCCAUGAACCUCGCUCGCAGCGAAGGCAUCAACAAGGCUUUCGUGGCUGCCUUGCAGGCCGGCACGCUCUAUCUCAUUGCUUACUCCGCUAAUGCGCUUGCAUUUUGGCAGGGCAGUCGCCAGAUUGCGGAUGCCGUCGGAUCCAAACAUGGCACUAGUGUUGGAGACAUCUACGUGGUCAUCUUUUUGCUUGUGGAUGCGUGUAUCAUUCUCGGAUCUAUCGCCCCGUAUCUUCCAAUGCUAGGCGCCGCCGCUGCGGCAUUCCGCAAGGUUCGCCGAGAUAUCGAAGCUCCUGUUGCCAUUGACUCUGGUUCUGACAAGGGCGAAAAACUCCCUGCCAAUACUGCUGGCGGCAUCAAGUUUGAUGGUGUCACUUUUGCCUAUGUAUCCCGUCCCGACCGCCCUGUCCUCAGGAAUGUUUCGUUCGAGUGCGCUCCUGGCAAGUACACGGCACUGGUAGGUCUCUCUGGCAGCGGUAAGUCUACUGUUGCUGGCCUGACUACACGUUUGUAUGAUCCUACCGAGGGUACUGUGACGCUCGACGGCCGCAACCUCCGGGACCUCAAUGUUAGAAGCCUGCGGAGUUUAAUGAGUCUUGUACAGCAAGAGCCUUCGCUCCUCAGUCGCUCCAUUCUUGAAAACAUUGCGCUGGGCGUGCUUAAUUCACCUUGGGAACAUCACCGCAAGUUCCAGGCCAUCAUCGACAGUCCUAUAUUGGCGCGGCUCGCAGCGAAUAUCCAGGAAAAGACUGACAUGGACAUGGCUGCGCAUGAAUUCGGUGCUGAUGUGGUUGAGCUUGUUGGUAUGGUUCGCGAAGCAGCCAAGCUCGCCGAUGCCGCUUCCUUCAUCGAAACACUUGAGCGCGGCUACGGUACGGAUGUGGGCCUCAGUGGCAAGCUUGUCAGCGGUGGACAGAGACAACGGAUUGCUCUAGCUCGUGCUCUUAUACGCGAUCCCAGAAUAUUAAUUCUCGACGAAGCUACCUCAGCUCUGGAUUCUGCUAGUGAGCGACGCAUCCAAACGGCUGUCGAGUCCAUUGCCAAGGAUCGCACCCUAAUCGCCAUUGCACAUCGGUUAUCUACCAUCAAGAAUGCCGAUAACAUCAUUGUCAUGAGCAAUGGAGUCAUUCUCGAACAGGGUACGCACAGUGAGCUAAUAGCUCUCAACGGGAAUUAUGCCACCAUGGUCCGCCUCCAGAACAUCGAAGCGGAGAGGCAUGACGACAGUGCCUCGCUUGCGAGCACGGCCCGUGGCGAUGUUGAAAUUGACGUAUCGGGCCAUGACUCCAUUACCCCUGAGGAUGAGCCCGUCAAGGCUAAUGAUAUCAUUUCUGGUACCACGGGUCAAACCACACGAGUCGAUGAAGAUGCCGCUGCUGCCCAGACCGACCUGGAUGCCAACAAGUCGACCGGCACGGUCAUUCGCAGCAUGUUCAAGCUCAUCCGACCCAACCUUCUCUGGCUCGUCAUUGCCAUCUUUGCCGGCACAAUCGUCGGCCUCACCUUUUCGGCUUCCGGUCUCAUUUUCGGAAACACCAUCGGCAACGUCAGUCCCUGCAAUAGCACCGAUCACAUCAGGUGGGCGGGCCGAUUCUUUGGUGGCCUCUUCUUCAUGCUUGCGGUUGUUGAGCUGCUCGCCAAUUCAACGAGUUGGUCUGGCUUUGGUUAUGUUGCUGAGAAGCUUCUCUAUCGCAUUCGCGUGCUCACGUUCCGCUCUCUGUAUCAGAAGGAUAUGGACUGGCACCAGGCCAGUGGCCGCACACCGGCAUCUCUACUAUCCGUCGUCACGGCCGACACCGCUGCUGUUGGCGGCUUCAGUGGCUCCAUCAUCGGCACCAUGUUCUCCAUCAUAGUUAACUUUCUGGUCGCUAUUAUCAUGUCGCACAUUAUUGCUUGGAAGAUUGCUGUUGUCUGCCUCGUGACCGUGCCUCUACUACUUGGCUCCGGUGUCAUGCAGGUGCGCUCACUGUCUCAAUUCGAGCGUAAGCAUGCCAGUGCAUUUUCCUCGGCCAUCGGUAUCACUGUCGAGGCCAUCAACUCCUUCAAGACGGUCUCGGCUCUUUCUAUUGAGGAUGAGAUUCUCGGAACAUACCGACGAGCCUUGUACGGGCCGCAAAAGGAAAUCACGAUGUUUAGUCUCUGGACCAAUUUUUGGCUCGCCAUGGCGAAUAGCACUUGCAACCUCAUUUAUGCCUUUGCCUACUGGUGGGGUUCCACGCGAAUUAUCAAGGGCGAAAAUACGCAGACACAAUUCCUCAUUAUUUUGAUGUCGAUGCUUGUCAGCGCACAGCUCUGGGGUCAGAUGUUUAGCCUUGCGCCUGAAAUUUCGCGGGCUCGUGCUGCUGCGUCUCGUAUCUUGAGCUUGAUUGACCUCGAUUCCGCAAAGUCGCUUGCCAGUGAGAAGGGAGUACCGGACGUCGAGGCUGAUGCACACCCGCCGAGCAAGCCGUCAGGCCCGAACCAGGGCUCCACCAUCACUUUUAAGGAUGUGGCCUUUGCAUAUCCUUCUAGAACCAAAAUUCAGAUCUUGAAGGGCAUGUCAUUCACUAUCAAUGCGGGUCAGUUUUGCGGUCUUGUCGGGCCCUCUGGCGCCGGCAAGUCCACCAUCAUGUCACUCGUUCAACGCAUGUACCGUCCUUCGGCCGGUGUGGUCGAGAUUGACGGAGUAGAUAUCUGCGCCAAGGAGGGCACCGAGUUCCGUGACGACGUCGCCGUUGUACCUCAGGACUGCGCUCUAUUUGAGGGCACUAUCAAAUUCAAUGUCAGCCUGGGUGCGCGCCCCAGCAGCGAGCCGACCGACACCGAGAUUGAGGAAGCAUGCCGCCUUGCCAAUAUCCAUGACACCAUUGCGUCGUUGCCCGACGGCUAUGACACUGAGUGUGGUCCCAACGGAUCGCGCCUCUCUGGUGGUCAACGUCAGCGUCUAGCGAUUGCUCGUGCACUGGUCCGCAAGCCGAAGCUUCUGCUCUUAGACGAGAGCACUAGCGCUCUCGAUGCCGAGAGCGAGCGCGCGCUACAGGAGGGUCUGGAGAGGGCAGCUAAGGGCAUCACAGUGAUUGCCAUCACGCAUAGACUACAUACAGUGCGCAAGGCCGACGUCAUUUUUGUGAUUGAGGGUGGCCAGCUUGUGGAAAAGGGUCGCCACGAUGAGCUGGUGGAGAGAAGCGAAUCAUACAGGGUUAAUGCGUUGUCACAAAUGCUACCAACGUAA